GGUAGCAGUAAGUUCAAACCUUUACCAGCUCCUGUAACAGAUCAAACUGAGUGAACUUUUCAUUGAAAAGCUUAAAUUGUUGGAUAGAUGAAACACAUAUUGUUUAAUUCUGCAAAAAUAAUAAAUGGAAAAUCAAAUAUUGAGUUCUAUUUUUAGGCUGAACUAGGAUAGGGUCUAUAUGGGAAUCAUGAGAAUGUCUUAUUACUUUAUAUUUAGGCUAUAAACAGUAUAGCAAGUCCUAUAUAUAACAACACCAAUUGUUUGAUAAAAUUUGCGUUGUUAUAUUUUCCAUUUCAAUAUAUAACAACGUCAAUUUUAUCAAACAAUUUGACGGGGCUUCUUUGAUUUAGCCUCAUGUCACGUGUAAAAAAUUUGGUCUUAUAGGUUUGAUGGGUUCUAUAGUUAACAUGCAAAAUAUUGGGAGUUCCGAAAGUUUGAUUGGCUCUUCCUUAUCAGCAGGUCUGUGUUGUUGAUACACACAACAUACGCGCGCGCACACACAGAGACAUAUGUUUACUUGUGCUUUAUGGAAGUAGUGAUUGUUGAGAAUAUGGAGGGUUGGAUUAUUUAAUCGUCAAGAAAUUGAUUGCCGUAGAUGAAAAUUCUGUUUCAAUGUUCAUAGACAUCUUAGGUUUUGCUGGGAGAAACCACAAAUAAGAUAAAGCUACAAACAGCGGUAGAUUUUUAGGGCUACUAAUGUUACCGGUAAAUACAGGCAAUACUUUUUUGAUAGUAUUGGAUCUUUUGUGCAGAAGUAAAACCUUUAAUUUAUAGCAUGCAUAUUGCUGAAAAGUUCAGUUUGAUUAUUCAAAAAGGUUUAAGUUUUGCAAAAUAUUACUUUACUGGGCUUUGUAGAUGAGUUAUCAAGCUUCAUUGGUUUGUAGAUAACGGGAUCAAAAAUGGAUUUUCUUUUACUCUAAUCCAUUGGUCCAUAGCCUUAUAAAUCUUGUAUACAGAUGUGUUGAUUUUGCCUUUUCUCUUAUUUGUGACUUCAAAACAUAGGAUGCAUUUGAUUAGUUCCCAUAAGCUUUUAGAUUGAAGGAAUGCGGAUCGAUGGCGAUGAUGCCUUAACAUUUUUUAUUCAUCAAUAUAACUAAUGGAUGACAUUAAGAAAAUAUGACAAUAUAUUAUGUUCCACUCAAGCUAUUAGGUUGACUGAAUGUCACUCAAGUUGAUGUUUCCUAAGUGUGCUACUCCAUAAGCAUCUCCUACCUUGGCUUGAAUGUGCGCAAGGGGAAUAUUUUUGAACCUGCUAUGAAAAGGAAACACUGCUAGUACAUGUUAUGCUGUAAAUUGCAGAAUUGAAUAAAUGAUGCAUGUUUUUCUGCAUUGCUGCUUCCAAGCUAUUAGUCUGUCAACAGAACUUCUCUAUAAGUCCGUCACCUACUACCUCAAAGUUGAAGGUUGAUUGGUGAGUAAAUGCAUGUAAAAAGAAAAAGGAUUAUCAAGGGGCAUAUAUUUCGGGACUUGAUAUCAUUUUGAAGGAUGGAGCCAUCUGUUCUGCUGCAAUCAUGGAGAGCCCUGCUGCAACUUGUUCUCGUAAUAUGAAGCAAAAACUUUAACUGUUGAAUUGAGCAGUCAUGUGUGUGCUUAUUUACCUCCCACCACCAUUCUCCUGCUUUCCCUCAGGUUACAUUAAAGUAUUUCCUGUUGUUGAAUGUGAAUGUUAUCGUGCAGGAUCACAUAGUCCAACAGAAGUUGAAAAGGGAGUGCUAUGCAAGAAGGAACUCAAUGGUGAGAGAGAGAAACAUCUUGAGGAAAUCAACUCCCUCAGUAGAAAGAAAUUUAAGGAAAGCACUAGAGGAGUGGCAUUGAACCUAAAAAGGAAGCUGUGUUUGGAAGAUUCUGGUCUGUUGAAGAGAAUAAAAACAUAUGAAUGUGAUUCAGGUAUAAGAGAGAGAGAAGUUGAUUUUCAUAAGGCUAUUUCAGAUAAGCCACUUGUAUGCAGUUUGGCUAGUGAAAAGCUGAAAAGGAUUAGAGAUGAUGAGAUGGUUGUAACUGCCCUUUUCAAGAGAAUAAGAUAGUUUAACCAAAUACUGACUGUGUUAGCAGGUUGUAUAUUGAAGGCAUUGUUACCAUUGUACUCACACCUGUAAAUCCUUGCUAGUGGGUUAAAGUAGUUGAUGACAAAAUUUUAAUGUGGGAAAAGCCUUUCUUGAGUUUGUCAACGUAGAUUAUGACU